CCUCUAAAAUCCUGGAAUUUUCUAGUUUUCCCAACAAUAAAACCAACCAAGUGACCUUUUCUCUUUAUUCAUGAAGGCCACUCUUGCUAUUUUACUGUUCCUUUCCGUCUAUCUCUUCUUCUACCACUCUUUCACAACCCAUAUUCAAGUCCACUCUUGCCCUCAAUGUGACAGAUUCAUCACUCAACAGAAAUUCAUCACCAUUUAUAACACUAAUAACACCACUAAUAACAAUAAAACUUCCAUCAAUUAUGAAAAUACUAAUGUAUCACAUAUUUUGUUUGGCAUAGGCGGCUCAGCGCAGUCAUGGGACACCCGCCGGCUUUUCUCCGACUUAUGGUGGAAGCCCAACAUUACCCGCGGGUACGUUUGGCUGGAGGAGAAACCAAACCAACCUUGGCCCGAGACAUCCCCGCCGUACAGAGUCUCAGAGGACACAUCGAGGUUUAAAUACACUUGCUCAUUUGGUUCGCCCUCUGCUGUGCGUAUUGCUCGUAUUGUGAAAGAAAGUUUCGAGCUUGGAUUGGAUAAUGUAAGGUGGUUUGUCAUGGGAGACGACGACACAGUUUUUUUUGUGGAGAAUUUGAUCACUGUGUUGGGGAAAUAUGAUCAUAAUCAGAUGUAUUAUAUUGGCUCCAAUAGUGAGAGUAUUGAUCAAGAUGUUGAACAUUCCUACACCAUGGCCUACGGUGGCGGCGGCUUCGCUAUAAGUUACCCUUUAGCUGCCGAACUAGUCAAAAUUUUAGAUGGAUGCAUUGAUCGAUACGCAGAGUUUUAUGGGUCUGAUUCAAAAGUACAAGGCUGCAUUGGCGAGAUUGGUGUACCCCUUACCAAAGAACCUGGUUUUCACCAGGUUGAUAUACGAGGCAACCCGUUUGGCUUACUGGCGGCGCACCCACUGGCGCCAUUGGUUUCGCUGCAUCAUCUAGACUACGUCGACACUAUAUUUCCGAAUAUGUCUCAGACUGACUCGCUGAAGAAGUUAAUCAGUGCAUAUGAAAUGGACCCUGAUCGAGCCCUGCAGCAUAGUCUUUGCUAUGAUUUGAGUCGAUAUUGGUCCAUUUCUGUGUCUUGGGGUUACACUGUGCAGUUGUAUCCAACUUUGGUGACAGCAAAGAAAAUGGAAACGGCGGUUUUGACGUUCAAAUCAUGGAGUUGGAAAGACAAGCCAUUCCAGUUUAACACUCAGGCCAUGAGCUUCGACCCUUGUGAAAGACCGCUUAUAUAUUUCUUGGAUGGAGUCGAAAGGGUUGGAAAGGGCGAGACAUUGACAACGUAUAAAAGAUUCAUUGAUGAAAAUGAACAAGUUUGUGAUAGACUUGAAUAUGCUCCAGCGUUGGCCGUCGAAUCUUUCGCCAUUUCGGCAUCCACAUUGACACCUGAAACUUGGAAAACGGCGCCACGUAGACAGUGUUGCGAGAUCAUCAACCAUAGAAAGGGGACAGAAAGAGAGAAAGUUGUCCAGAUGAAGAUCAGAGGCUGCAAUAACUUCGAGAGUGUCAUUCCACCGUAG